GGACGACGGCUUCCAGGACGCGGACGCGCGGACGCGGUGCAACCGGAGCCCCGACACGCCGUGGACCCCGAAGAACCGGGUGACAUCUUCGGACGCUGAGUGCGACUGUGUAGUCUCGGGUCAAAGUUGACGCCACCGCCGCAGCCAUGAAGGACAAGGACAAGAAGUCGCCGUCCUCCUCGGUGUCCGUGGCCAAAAAGUGGUUCCUCCCGAGCAGGAAGCAGCAGCCGGAGAAAGACAAGGCGACGCCCAGCGCGGCCAGCGCGGCCACGGUGCAGCAGCGUCCUCCGCUGCCUCCACAGCACCAGCAUUCCCCGUCGCCACAGCGUCCUCCGCUGCCUCCUCAACACUCGCCAUCACCGCAGCGGUCUCCGCUGCCUCCUCAACAACAACACUCACCGUCGCCGCAGCGUCCUCCUCUGUCCCCUCAACAACAUCAACACUCGCCGUCGCCGCAGCGUCCUCCGCUGUCCCCUCAGCAGCCGAAGUCCCCGCAGCUGCAGAGACCGCAGGUAGGCUCGGCGCUUAACAAGUACACCUACCCGCGGCCGCCCCCCACCGCGUCGCCCCAGCAGAAGUUGUCCGACUUCCCCGGAGAGGUGGCCGAAAAUGGCGACAUGGCCGCCGUCAUGGAGAACCUCACGCAGAAGAGCGCCAAGCAACAGCAGCAGCAGAUCUCGUCGGCGUCCUCGUCCAGCAGCCGCAUCUCCACGUCCUCGUCGUCCUCCUCGCAGCGCGUGCACGUGAGCACGUCCUCGUCGGAGCUCAAGGCGACGUCCAUGAAGUCGGACCUGUCGGAGCUCAAGUCGAGCAUCAGCGAGAUGAAGAACCUGUCGACGCUGUCCUCCAACAUGGCGGCGUUCGCCAACAGCCGCCUGCGCAGCUCUCUGGAGGAGCUGGACCGCGACGACGCCCCGGGCACGGCGGGCAGCUGCGAGCCGCUGGUCACGUUCCCCGACCCGGACACGCCGCCGCCCAUGAACGGCACCGUCUCCCUCGUCUCGCCGCCGCUGUCUGCGUCCAGGUCGCCGCCGCUCGUCGGCACGCCCAUCCUGGGCAACGGCCUGGCCUCCUCCAUGGCCUCGGCCACGUCCAGCAGCUCCUCGGCGGAGACGUCCGUUAAGUUCGAACAGAAGAGGGUCACCUCUGCGUCCAAGACAAAGGUGGUGACGGAGGGCUUCACGGCGGAGCAGCAGGCGGCGCGCGCCGCCGAGACGAAGACUGUGACCGCGGGGGAGAUGUCCUACCAGGAGGCCAAGGGUGUCCAGGCGCUGCGGCAGCGACUCGAGAUGGACGGCCUGGCCGCCGAGAAGACCGUCGCCAUGAAGCAGGAGCAGCGGUCCUUGAAGGCGGGCGAACUGAGCCAGCAGGAGAACAAGAGCGUGGCCGCGUCCUGCCUCAAGAUGCACACCGAGAACUUCAGCUCAGAAAAGAAGGCGGUGUCCACGCAGCAGGUCGUGACCUCUGGCGUGUACAACCAGGAGAACCACGUGUCCUCGUCACAUUCAUCACACUCCAACAUUACCUUCAAAGCCAACAAGGCGUCCUCCUCGUCCUCCGUCAUGGCCAUGCAGCAGCAGCGAAUGAUGCACAUCAAGACGGAGGAAGAGGAGCACCUGUUCGCGGACCUGGCGGACCUGGAGCGGCUAUCGCCCAGCUCCUCGCAGCAGGAGGUGGACAACGCCAUCCACAAGUACACCACGCAGCUGGAGCACGUCAUCAAGAUGCUGCGGACGCGCGGUGACAAGAAGCAGGAGCCCAAGAUGCUGAACCGGAUCAACGACAUGAUCCGCAAGGCCUGGGCCGUCCCCACCCUGGGCCACGAGCUGGGCCACACCCUCUGCUCCACGCUGCGCAAGUGCGGCGGCCUGGAGCUGCUCAUCUCCAACUGCGUGGACUCGGACCGCGACCUCCAGUACUCCAGCGCGCGGCUCCUAGAGCAGUGCCUGACGACGGAGAACCGCGCGCACGUCGUGGACAACGGCCUGGAGAAGGUCGUGAACGUGGCCUGCGUGUGCACCAAGAACGCCGACCCGGACCACGCGCGCGUGGGCACCGGCAUCCUGGAGCACCUGUUCAAGCACAGUGAGGGCACCUGCUCGGACGUGAUACAGCUGGGCGGCCUGGACGCCGUGCUGUUCGAGUGCCGGAAAAACGACAUUGAAACGUUAAGACACUGUGCCGGCGCGCUGGCCAACUUGUCGCUGUACGGCGGCGCCGACAACCAGGAGGCCAUGAUCAAGCGGAAGGUGCCGAUGUGGCUGUUCCCCCUCGCCUUCCACACCGACGACAACAUCAAGUACUACGCGUGCCUCGCCAUCGCCGUGCUCGUGGCCAACACGGAGAUCGAGGCGGCCGUGCUGCAGUCCGGCACCCUGGACCUGGUGGAGCCCUUCGUCACCUCGCACAACCCGUCGGACUUCGCGCGCUCCAACCUGGCCCACGCCCACGGCCAGAGCAUGCAGUGGCUGAGGAGGCUGGUGCCCGUGUUGAGCUCCAAGCGCGAGGAGGCGCGCAACCUGGCCGCCUUCCACUUCUGCAUGGAGGCGGGCAUCAAGAAGCAGCAGGGCAACACGGAGAUCUUCCGCGAAAUCGGCGCCAUCGAGCCCCUCAAGAAGUGCGCGUCGUGCCCCAACGCCGUGGCCUCCAAGUACGCGGCGCAGGCGCUGCGCCUCAUCGGCGAGGAGGUGCCGCACAAACUUAGCCAGCAGGUGCCCCUGUGGUCCACGGAGGACGUCCGCGAGUGGGUCCGGCAGAUCGGCUUCGCCGAGUACGCCGACUGCUUCGUGGAGAGCCGCGUCGACGGCGACCUCCUGCUGCAGCUCACCGAGGACAACCUCCGGACUGAUAUAGGAAUUUUAAAUGGCAUCAGAAGAAGAGGCUUUACGAGAGAGCUCCAGAACCUCAAGAAGAUGGCCGACUACUCAAGCAAAGACGCCAGCAAUCUCAACUCGUUUCUGCUGACGAUGGGCCCUGAGUUCUCCAUCUACACCUACACCAUGCUGAACGCGGGCGUGGACAAGGACUCGAUCCGCUGCCUGUCCGACGACCAGCUCAUCCACGAGUGCGGCAUCUCCAACUCCAUCCACCGACUGAAGAUUCUCGAAUCCCUCCGGAUGAUGGAGAACUGCCUCGACAAUUCCUUCCAAAACAACUUAGAUAAGCCAUUAGAUGUAUUUAUUAGCUAUAGAAGGUCAAAUGGUUCUCAAUUAGCUAGUUUAUUAAAAGUUCACUUACAACUUCGAGGCUUCCGAGUCUUCAUCGACGUCGAGAGACUGGAGGCCGGAAAAUUCGACAAUAAUUUGCUGCAGAGCAUUAAGCAAGCUAGAAAUUUUAUCCUCGUCCUCACCCCCAACGCCCUGGACCGGUGUCACAAUGACCCCGAGUGCAAGGACUGGGUCCACAAGGAAAUCGUAGCCGCAUUAGAUUCCCAAUGCAACAUCAUCCCUAUCACAGACAACUUCUCAUGGCCGGAGCCGGAAGAGCUGCCCGAGGACAUGCGAGCUGUCUGCCACUUCAACGGAGUCCGGUGGAUCCACGACUACCAGGACGCGUGCGUCGACAAGCUGGAGCGGUUCAUGCGCGGCGAGCUGGGCACGCGGAUGGGCGUGGAGGGCCCGCUGUCCUCGUCCUCCAGGAGCAUGCUGAGCAGCAAGGGCGACUCGACGCCCGGCACACUGCCCGGCACCAUGCCCGGCACCCCCAGCUGCGUGGCCAUGGGCCGCCACCCGCCCGCGUACCAGCGCAUGCACUCCAACGACUCCACCAAGGGCUCCGGCUCGGACAAGGACCGCGAGUGACUCCGCGGCGGCGCACCUCCCCAGAGGCGUCCCGUGUGGCAGGCGUGGCAGAGUCGAGCCCACGCCUCCCACACGGGGCGCACGUUGUUUAUAUUGUAUUUUAUUUUUUAUUUAAAAAUGAAUUUUUUUAACAAA